AUGACCUCCAAUUCCUACCCUCGCCGCCGCCAGACUCCGCACAAACCCCCCAAACAUGCGGCCCCGCCUCCGGGCCCUCGAGUGAUCAACGCCGCCCCUUCUCUGGAAAAGGCUGAGAUGUAUGGGGUUGACGAUGAUCGGCCCGUGUUUUCGCGGGCCAUGGCUCUGGCUGGCCGCAUCUUCAUCGAGACCAUCCCGCAAUGGAUCUCGGUCGGCGCCAUGCUAGCCCUCAUCUUUGGCGGCUGCUGUUCGAAUGUGUUUGCGCUCGAGGCCAUUAUCAAGGUUGAGCCUGGAAGUGGCACGCUCCUGACGUUUGUCCAGUUUCUGUUUGUGGCCAUCACCGGCUACAUCUCGCAGCUGGACCGCGACCACCCCCCCUUCUUCUUGCGUCCGAACAAAGUGCCGCUCCGUCGAUGGCUGGUCAACAUAGUACUCUUUUUCAGCAUCAACAUCCUGAACAACCACGCGUUUAGCUACAACAUCUCCGUCCCCGUCCAUAUCAUCCUGCGCUCUGGCGGAAGCAUCACUACAAUCCUUGCCGGCUUUCUCUACGGAAAGAGGUAUUCGCGUAUCCAGGUCGUCGCUGUCCUUCUGCUGACAAUUGGCGUCGUGAUGGCUGCCUGGUCGGAUGCGCCGGACAAGAGCAAUGCUACCGAAGACAGCGACGAGGCUACGGACCACGGGGUUCGUUUUCUCAGCGGCCUGGCCAUCCUGUUCGUGGCUCAGGUGCUGUCGGCCAUCAUGGGGCUUUACACGGAGGAGACGUACCGCAAGUACGGUCCCCAGUGGCGGGAGAACCUGUUCUAUUCCCAUCUGCUAUCGAUGCCACUUUUCCUCCCGUUUCUGCCGUCGCUCGUGCGCCAGUUCGCACGCCUCGCCAGCAGUCCACCGCUGACAUUACCGUGGGGCGAGACGCUGGAUGCGGCACCUGUGGCGGCAGGGAUCCGCAAAAACGUCGAGCGCAUUCAGAUCCCGAGCCAGCUGGUGUUUCUCAUGAUGAACGUCCUGACCCAGUACGCCUGUAUCCGCGGCGUCAACCUGUUGGCGGCGGCGUCGUCGGCGCUGACCGUGACGAUUGUGCUGAACAUCCGCAAGCUCGUCAGCCUGCUGCUGAGCAUCUGGCUGUUUGGGAACCGUCUCGCACCGGGCACGCUCGCGGGAGCGGCGGUGGUAUUUUUCGCCGGCGGGCUGUACUCGCUGGACGGUCGCAGGAAACCGGUAUCGCGCACAAGGGCGGCCAGUGUCAAAGGCGGCUGA